GGUAACUGAUAGCUACCUUAAACUCCAAUCAUAUCCUUCCUUUUACAGCAUAUCUCCAUAUGGGUUCUUGCAAUUCUACUCACCUUCUUCUUUGAGCGAUUCCCUAAUAAAAUAAUCAAAAACCAAGAACCAAACAGUACCCACCAAGAAAAUAAACAAGAACAACUCAAUAAUUUCUCUAUAGCUAGGGAAGCUAUAGCUAGCAGCAAGUAGUUCUUGGUUUCUUGUUUUAGCUCUGGUUGGUUCUUGGUUUCUUUCUGCAUAAAAAUAAAAAUGCAACUUCAUAUAUCGCCUAGCUUGAGGCAUGUCACAGUUUUGCCUGGUAAAGGUGUUAGAGAAUUUAUCAAAGUGAAAGUUGGAGGUAAAAGAGUUUCGUAUCGGAUGCUUUUCUAUUCUCUUCUUUUCUUCACGUUCCUUCUCCGGUUUGUUUUUGUCUUGUCUACUGUUGACACCAUUGAUGGUGAAAGCAAGUGCUCUUCUCUUGGGUGCUUGGGUAAAAGACUAGGGCCAAGGAUAUUAGGAAGAAGGAUUGACUCUGUCCCUGAUGUAAUGUAUCAAGUAUUACAAGAACCCCUUGGCCAAGAUGAUUUAAAAGGAAGAAAUGAUAUUCCUCAAACAUUGGAGGAAUUUAUGGAAGAAGUGAAAGAAACCAAACUAGAUGCAAAAUCAUUUGCUCUCAAGCUCAGGGAAAUGGUGACAUUACUUGAACAAAGGACUAGAACAGCCAAAAUUCAAGAAUAUUUAUAUAGGCAUGUAGCAUCAAGUAGCAUACCAAAACAGCUACACUGCCUUGCUCUAAGGCUAGCAAAUGAGCACUCCACCAAUGCAGCUGCCCGGCUCCAGCUUCCGACGCCGGAGCUCGUUCCAGCCCUCGUCGAUAACUCCUAUUUCCACUUUGUCCUUGCCUCGGAUAAUGUGCUUGCUGCCUCCGUUGUUGCCAAAUCACUUGUUAAAAAUGCAUUACGGCCCCAAAAAUUUGUACUACACAUAGUAACGGAUAGAAAAACUUACUCGCCUAUGCAAGCUUGGUUCUCACUACACCCUUUAUCACCUGCAAUAAUUGAAGUGAAGGCAUUGCAUCAUUUUGACUGGUUUACUAAAGGUAAAGUCCCUGUUUUAGAAGCAAUGGAGAAAGAUCAGAGGGUGAGAUCACAAUUUAGAGGAGGCUCAUCUGCAAUUGUGGCAAAUAAUACUGAAAAACCUCAUGUUAUUGCUGCCAAGCUACAAGCACUUAGCCCCAAGUACAAUUCAGUGAUGAACCACAUUCGAAUCCACCUUCCUGAGUUGUUUCCAAGUUUAAACAAGGUGGUAUUUCUAGAUGAUGACAUAGUGGUGCAGACUGAUCUUUCGCCUCUUUGGGACAUUGACAUGAAUGGAAAGGUUAAUGGAGCAGUAGAAACUUGCAGAGGAGAAGAUAAGUUUGUUAUGUCAAAGAAAUUUAAGAGUUAUUUGAACUUCUCUCAUCCUUUAAUAGCUGAGAGUUUCAAUCCCAAUGAGUGUGCAUGGGCAUAUGGUAUGAACAUUUUUGAUUUAGAGGCUUGGAGGAAGACCAAUAUAAGCCUCACAUACCACUCUUGGCUUGAACAGAACUUGAAAUCAGACCUCAGCUUGUGGCAGCUAGGAACAUUACCACCAGGGCUAAUUGCAUUCCAUGGUCAUGUACAUGUUAUUGAUCCAUUCUGGCAUAUGCUAGGCCUGGGAUACCAAGAAAAUACAAGUUUGGCAGAUGCAGAAAGUGCUGGUGUCAUUCAUUUUAAUGGCAGAGCAAAGCCUUGGCUAGAUAUUGCAUUCCCCCAACUAAGGCCAUUGUGGACUAAGUACAUCAAUUUCUCUGAUAAGUUCAUUAACAGUUGUCAUAUUAGGGCAUCUUAACAUGAAUUUUGAGAUGAAAAAUGUUGGAGCCUCAGGCUAUUAAUGAUAAAAAAAGAAAGAAAUCUUUAUAUGUUUGUAUAUGAGGUGAAAGUAAAGGAAAAAAAGAAAAAGAAAGAGAGGAGAAGAGAGUUCUUCAUAAUUCAAAGGCUUUCUUUACAUAAUGUAUAAAUAUAACACAGCCUCAAGCAUUUUUUUGUUUUGGGUUCUUUUUUAUUCUUUUGGAA